AUGCCAAAGACGUUCGAGCAAGAGCAACGCUUCUCAUACCCGUGGCACGAGACAGCCAAUGCGGUGUGGAACAAGUAUCCUAACCCACACGCUGAGCAUGUGGUAUCUGUAGAUGUGCUCUCGCAAUCCAUCGAUCCGACCUCUGGAUCGCUCCGCACCGAACGAAUCAUCGGUGUUCGCCAAGGCGCUCCCGGCUGGUUGAAGCGCAUCGUCGGUGCAAGCGAUGACACCUACGUUCGAGAAGUGGUCAUGGUCAAUCCGCUCACAAAAUCCUUCCAGAUGUCGAGCACAAACCUCAGCCUGAGCGACUAUAUGCUCGUAAAGGAGUAUAUUACCUAUCUGCCCUCACCAAUCCCAGAAGAAACUGUGUUUAGGCAGGUGGCGCACAUCACAUGUACAAAUUUCUUCAGUGGCCUGUUGUCGUCAGCAGGUAGGAAGGUCGAAGAAUGGUCCUACACCCGAUUCAACGAUAAUGCAGCCAAAGGCAGAGACGGCCUGCAAAGCGUCUUGCAGUCUCUGUACCGCUCAGCCUCAACGAGCCCAACAUGA